AUGACUCUAACUCUUUCAAGAGAGAGCGUUGUAUAUAAGUCGGGCAAUGAUGCAAAUCAAUUGCUCGAAUUGAAACUGCCCCAACCGGAUGCGGAUAUUAGUUCACUCGACUCGACCAACAGCCAAAACUCGGAGGAUCACAAAUCGGACGUUGAAUUAAACUAUUAUCGAGAUCAGCUUGCUACCACUGGAUCAGUAUUCACGCGGAAACAUGUAGGCUUACCAAUUGGUAGCAAGAAAUUUCCUCAGUCGAUUUUAUGGCGAGUUUUCCAGAAGACUUCAACUUUGGAACUUAGUGCUAUUGACCUUGGAACCAAAGGAGCUGCAUUGCCAGUGUUAAGGACUAUUCGUUUGAAUUUUCCAUUACCAAUUUUUGAAAGGUGUAUUGCAUUGAGUGAGGAUAAGGAUUAUCUGGUUAUAGAUAUUUUGGUAAAACCAGGUCUGCUGUACACACUACAGAUUCCGUUCGAUCAGUUUAUCGUUUCUGGCAACAACUCUAAUCAACUCUCAGAUGAGAACUCUCAUUUAUGGAGAAGCAUCAAAUUUCCUUAUGGAUUUGAUAUUCGUAAACCAUACCUGUUACAUGCAAUAAGUUCUAAAGUGCUAAUUGCAUCUACAGUGGAUGGUGCAUUGACAAAAUUUGUGCGCGACUCGCCCCUAGGAGACAUCUCUUGGUACCCAUUCCAGGAUUCUGGACGUGGCUUAUCAUUAUCAAGUCUUUUACCUUGGAAUAGCUCCAAUACUGUCCCAGGAAAUCCAAGCUUGUCUGCCAAGACCAUCAUUUCCAUUGACUCUCUACCAAAUAGAAGUUCCAAAAUUGAUACCGGAAGUUACAUUGUAACGGUAUCGAUUAACCGAGCUUUCAAAGUGUGGUCUUUGGAUUCAAUGUCAGUAGUUGCUGAAAACAUUCUGGAUGCACAUUUACCGAAUGAACCAGGACCGGCACGCUCGUCAUUAUAUCUAGAAUCUGCGGCAGUUCCCCGUCAUGUAUCGUUCGGCCAUCAUUAUAACGAUAACUCACAUGGGCUACGGCAUAGUCUAUUAGUGACUUACACGCCUUUUAAUGAGGGCCUAUUUAAGUUUUGGUCUCUCAAUCACGAUGGAGAAGUACCAUCACUGGUUGAGAUGGGUCCCGAUUUCGAGAUAGUACCCGUAGCCCCACGUGAUAAAAGCUCUAUUUGGUUUGUUGCUGAUUUCGAACUCAUAUCUUAUAGUGAUAAACUGCUGCUUGUCGUUGCUUGGAAAAGUGAUACUAGUACCGUUACUAUUUCUUGUACCAUUCCUAAAAAUCUUGGCAAGGACGAAUCAAACCCUCCAUAUUGGAGCUUGACAGAGAGCGAACACGAUAAAGAUGAUCUUGAAGGAUUGUGCUUGGUCUCUUCACAAUCAACUAUAUCUGAGGGCCAUUCUGAAGGAUUCAUUCGCAAAAUAUUCGGUCCUACAGGAUAUUCGAAGGAAACGAUAAAAACAGCCAUUCCUGUAUAUGCCGAUCACUAUAGAGGUUUCCCCCAGAACUCGAGCGAUAGAAAUGUCUCAUUAAUUGGUCAAGUAUGUCGUGUAGUUGGAGCUGCAGUAUCGGUAGAAAAUAGUGGCGGAUCGUUUAAUCCAGAUUUCGAAGCCUACGAACGAGAUAUUCAUCUCCAAUGGAUUCGGUUUGAUCGCUUGUGUGCAGAAUUGGAAAAACAGGGUCAUGAAUUUUUGUCACUUGUAUAUGAUGAACAUACCGAUAGAGUUUCGUUGGUCAAGGCUUCAAGUGUGUCUUUAAUUAGACCUUUGACGGCACUUGAGCUUAUAUAUUUCAACCGAUCAGCACUCCCUGCUAAGUACGAAACAGAAGUGAUUUCUACGCUUUUGAGAAAAAAUGAAGUUGCCUUGGUAGAAGGUAUACUGAGAACCGUUGAUGCAUUGGUUAGGUUCAGGAAAUUCCUUCCUAAGGAAGUGCGAUCAGAUUUAUUGUUUACAUUAAAAGAACAAUUCAACAGACGCGAAUCAUACCUCACUGCUGAUCGUAUUGCAUAUAUGUAUGAGAGCAUUCUUGAAGGAAAAGUCACGGAAAACUCUUUGGAGUCCUUAGUGACUGCACUGUACGAUAUACCAGCUCUUGAUAAUGUUAUCCAAUCGGUACUAGAGCUUUUCACGAACGAUACACAGCAAAACGAACGUGAAGAUGCCCUCACUCUUACCAGAUUGGGUGCUAGCGCCCAUAACACAAUGCUGAAUAGCUUUUUCUCUACUGGCCGUAUUAUCACCUUUGACAUAAUAGUCCUACUGCUACUGUCCUCUUCGCAACCAGAUUUAGUCAGCGAGUAUGUUGCCAAUUACCCAAGCUAUUUAUCAACUUUCAAGUCAUUGAGUGCUGUUAUGGACCUCCAAUUCAGUGGUGCUUCUGAUUCCACCGAUGAAGUGGUCAAGGAUUCUUUUGUGUACGCUGUUCAGCAGCUGACAGUUACAGAUUCUAGUCAUGUUAAUGGCAACAGCGGUAAUCUUUCAUUUUUAGAAGGAUUCAUUGUACGCCAAAACCUGGCUAACAGCUCUAUCAAUCUUGAAUCUAUUUGGAAAAGGAUAAACACCAAUACCCAAAGCAAGAUGGCUGACUUGGUAGUUGAUAUGUUUUUGCAAGUUAAAGAGUCUCUUAGUGCAAACACCAAUGAUUUGAUAGAAUUUAUCAACAUCUAUCUGCCAUCGGAUCCAUUUUCGACAUUUGUCAAGGGAAAUAUUUUGUUAGCAGUUGGGGAUGCUUCUAAGGGUGCCCUUCUUUUACACAGUGCUUCUCUUGGGAUGUCAUCCGAAAAUAAUCAAAUCACAGACUUGCAAAAAAGCAUCGCAAAAAAGAUUAGUGAAGUCUAUUGGUUACCUGGUAACCUCUUCAAUGGAUUGGUUUGCUAUAACAAUGCUGUGGCUCAAGUUGCUGCUGCGCUUGGAGCUCAUAUACAAGCCAUGGAGUUUGCUCAACUGGCAGCUGAAGGGCUUGCAUUUAGCUCUCUUGGUGAAGAUAAGCUGGUGAAUCAGAUUUUUACAACUCUGUUGAGAAGCGCACUACACCUUAGAGAGUAUGAUGAGGCGUACAAUGCGCUUGUGGAGCUGGAUCUAAAUUCAUGUCCUCCCGUUGAGAUGAAAAAACAUUUGGAAGAGUUUAUUAAAUGUAUGGCCAAUGGAGACGGUUUAAGACUCUGCCGCCUUCCAUUCGUAGGCAUGACGCAUAUAGUUUCAUCGAUUUUGGAAGCCAAGGCUGCAAUUAAUUCGGAUGACAUUCCCAGGAUUUCAUAUCAUAAACUGCUUUAUUCAUGGAAAAUGGAACGUGGUGAUUAUCAAGGAGGUAAGUUUAUAUUAAUAGUUUAUGAAUCUUAUUUGGAAGAACAGGGACUAACAAUUUCAAGCUGCAUCAGCUGUCUAUGCACAAUUACAACAAGUUAA